AUUGUACACAAUGAAGACAUUGUUAAGGAGAAACCAAAAUCACAAGAAGACACUGAAAGGAGAAUUGAUGAAUUAAAAAUAUGUUCAUUUGAUGCUACAACUUGUGAGUUUUUUCGAUCUGAGGAUUAUCUACCUCCACAAGAAGAGAAAGAAUCAUACAAAGCAUCUGCUAAUUUACCUGAUCAGGAAGGCCAAUUAAAGGAACUUGUUAGAAUCACCUUGUCCUCGUUGUGGUUGAGCUCCUAUUCAGUAGAAGAAGAAGAGGCAAUUCGAUAUGCAUUAGAUCAAAGUCUGGGACCAGAGUAUAUUAGUCAGAGACCUGGACCAGGAGGACAAAAAUUGGCAUAUAUUGAGGGACACCAAUUAAUUAGUUUAGCUAACGAAACAUUUGGAUUUAAUGGUUGGUCUCAUUCAGUUACUCAACAAAAUAUCGACUUUGUUGAUCAAGUUGGUGAUAAGUACUAUGGAGUCAGUGCAUUUGUCAAAGUCCAACUUAAAAAUGGUGCCUUCCAUGAAGACGUUGGAUAUGGUAUUAGUGAAAGGAAUGAAAAUCAAAAAGGUUUGUCACUUGAGAAAGCUAGGAAAGAGGCAGUGACUGAUGGUAUCAAGAGAGCUCUAAGGAGCUUUGGUAACUUGCUAGGGAAUUGUCUUGCUGAUAAAAACCUUCCUGAAAGUAGUUCAAAAACAACCUAG